AUGAAGGAGUAUGUGCCACCUAGAAAACCAGGAAGGCCAAGGAGGGGUGGAGAAGAAGAUAAACAAAAGGCAGUUAAGCUUGUAGUGAAAAGAAAGAAGAAGAUAAAGAAGGCUGGAGAAGGAUCCUCAAACCAGGAUGACCAAGGUGGGGUUGAAACUGCAAACGAUGCAACUGUGCAAGAAGAAAAUGGAACUGUACAGGAAACUGUACAGGAAACUGCACCCAAAAUUGUGAAUGAUGGGAAUGCUAUUUCUGAUGAAAUUGAUGUAUUGUUGCAAAAAUGUGGUUAUGAACCUCAUGAGAUUGAACAGGCUAUAGAAAACUUGGAAAUGGGUGUAGAUGCUAAUGAGAUUGAAGAGGUUGUUAAUGAGAUUGAAGAGAACUUGCUUGAAGAAAACUUGGAAAUGGGUGUAGAUGCUAAUGAGAUUGAAGAUCACUUGGAAGCAGACUUAGAAGAGGAUGUUAAUGAGAUUGAAGAUAACUUGCUUGAAGAAAACUUGGAAAUGGGUGUAGAUGUUAAUGAGAUUGUGCCACCAGUGCAAGAAGUCGCUAUACAAGGUUUAGAUGCUAAUGCUUGGGUUGGUGAAGAUGAUGGGAAUAUUGACUUCAUUGAAGAUACACAAGUUGUUGGGAGGCCUAGGAAAAGGAAGAUUUCUGAGAGAAUUGUGAAAAUCAAGCUGAAGAAAGCAGUUUAUGAUAAGGAUGGAAGGGGUUCUAGUAUUAAGAAACCAGUUAAUUUGGAGUAG